AAUCACUAGCUCUGAGAAACAUAGCACUGAACUGUGAUGUUGAGAACAGACGAAGGGGGACUCAAGGAAAACAGUCAAGAGGCCACUACAGAGGACAGAUGAUAGUGGCUCGGACCAGGGAAGUAGGUAAACAGGGGCUGUAACGAAUAAUUGAUUAAUCACUAAUCUCAUAACUUCUUGCUGCAUAUUCACUUCAAUUCACUCUGAAGAGAAAUGAACAAAAAUGUCGCUUUCACAGGAUAACCUCCCUUCAAAAAAGUCCGCUAGCUCCCAAUUGCCCUCAGGCUAAAAAUCGCAACUCUUUAUGGCCCUGCUUUUUCUAUUACCACUCUCAAAUCUACAUCUUGACCUUCCUGUCCUCUGGUCAUUCCCCUCCACGGCCUUUCUAUUUCACCACACUUCCACCCCCUCCCCCAAGUCUAAAUUGUGCCCAAAGUCCCACUUUCUCCAGAAAGCCUUUUUUGAGGUCUCCAUUGGAAUCUCUCCCUUCUCGUAUCUCCAGUUGCAUUUGAUGUUAAUACCUCAUAGCAAAUUUAUCCCUUUUUAAGUACCCAGGGCCGGCGGUGUAGAGCUCUCGAGCGAGCACCCCGCGUAGUCCCCAAGUGCGGGACUGGGCCUAUGCUACUACAGGCGCUCGCUGCCUAAGCCUGUCUGUGUGUGGCAGUGUCCUAGUCGUCCUCCCCUCCUCCUUCGGCAUCUGCUCUGCAUUAGUCUGUCCCAGGCCUCCGCAGGCGCCGAUGAUUAAAUCAUCAUCAUUAACCAGGGCCUGCCCCCCCCAUCCCCGGCAGCAGGGGGAGAAUGGGGGAAUAAGAUCACUACCAAGUCCCUGGGGGUCUCUCACUCCCCAUCCCCCGGCACCCUCUCCGAGACUCUGCAAAGCCCGAGAAACUCCCUCCGUGAAGCCGGGAGAAGACCCGCCAUCUGGACGAAGCUCCGCUACGCGGACGCCGACAGGGCGGCAUUACGAGGAGAGGACCCAGGAGGGGCUUCUUCAGCAGGGUCGUCGUCACAGAAGACCGACGACCCUGAGCGGGUAGCGGGCACAGACUGCCAGGCCUUUGGGGGUAGGAGGGGGCAGUCUUUCGCAGGCUCCAAAAGUUAGUCUUGAGGUCGCGUAGGGCCUAUUAUGAUGAUUUCUACAGGAGGUUGAAGAGAUAGGACCCUUCCCUACGCUCCCCCCCCAACUCCUUAAUUACGGAUUGAGCAGGGGAGGGGCCGGUGGGGCUCAGGUGAGCACACGGGGAGAAAGGGACGUGGGCGGGGCCUUACAGAGGGUGAGCGAAUCCGAAAAGACCUAGAACCUCGUUGCUGGGAGACAAGUCCCGCCCUGCAGGCGGCACCGGAAGUGGCCGGCUGGGAUCAGCCUUUAAGAUGGCGUCUCCUCAGGGGGGCCAGAUUGCGAUCGCGAUGAGGCUUCGGAACCAGCUCCAGUCAGUGUACAAGAUGGACCCGCUACGGAACGAGGAGGAGGUUCGAGUGAAGAUCAAAGACUUGAAUGAACACAUUGUUUGCUGCCUAUGCGCCGGCUACUUCGUGGAUGCCACCACCAUCACAGAGUGUCUUCAUACUUUCUGCAAGAGUUGUAUUGUGAAGUACCUCCAAACUAGCAAGUACUGCCCCAUGUGCAACAUUAAGAUCCACGAGACACAGCCACUGCUCAACCUCAAACUGGACCGGGUCAUGCAGGACAUCGUGUAUAAGCUGGUGCCUGGCUUGCAAGACAGUGAAGAGAAACGGAUUCGGGAAUUCUACCAGUCCCGAGGUUUGGACCGGGUCACCCAGCCCACUGGGGAAGAGCCAGCACUGAGCAACCUCGGCCUCCCCUUCAGCAGCUUUGACCACUCUAAAGCCCACUACUAUCGCUAUGAUGAGCAGCUGAACCUGUGCCUGGAGCGGCUGAGUUCUGGCAAAGACAAGAAUAAAAGCGUCCUGCAGAACAAGUAUGUCCGAUGUUCUGUUAGAGCUGAGGUACGCCAUCUCCGGAGGGUCCUGUGUCACCGCUUGAUGCUAAACCCUCAGCAUGUGCAGCUCCUUUUUGACAAUGAAGUUCUCCCUGAUCACAUGACAAUGAAGCAGAUAUGGCUCUCCCGCUGGUUCGGCAAGCCAUCCCCUUUGCUUUUACAAUACAGUGUGAAAGAGAAGAGGAGGUAGGGGCCAAGCCCCCACCCCAUCCCAUCCCACUCCCCUUCCCUCCCCAGAUAUUUAUGUGAAAUGAACUGCAGCUUUAUUUUUUGAAAUAAAAACUUUUAAAAAGCA